AUGGAAUACGUCUUCUGUGUAAAAGAUCAAACUUGGAAGGCAGCCCUGUGCAAUAUAUUUGCUGGGAUGGGCUCAGAGGCUCGGGUAUUGGUGGACCAGGGAUAUACACUUAAGUUCGUGUGGUUUCGGCAUAACCUCUGUACAUCAGAGCCAUCCUUGACCUUCAAUGACGUGUCAGUAGAUUUCUCUCAAGAGGAGUGGGAAUGCCUGGACCCAGGUCAGCGGGAAUUGUACUCGGAUGUGAUGUUGGAGAACUACAGCAACUUGGUCUCCCUGGCUUUGUCAUCUACAGAAAACCAGUACUUCUUGGAAAUGUCAAGAAUAGAAGAUCUACUUUUUGAACAAACACUGAAGCCUGAAAUUUGUAAAGAAUGUGGCAAAUUAUUUUUGAUUACAUCAGGCCUUUCUAAUUAUCACACACUUCACAUGGGACACAACCAUGAUAAAUGUAGAGAAUGUGAUAAAGCCUUUAGCCAGUCCUCAAACGUUAAUGAUCAUCAGAAAAUUCAUAUGGGAGAGAAGCCUUAUAAAUGUACACAAUGUGGCAAAACCUUUCAGGACCUGUUGACACUUACUCAACAUCAGAAAAUUCAUACUGGAGAGAAACCUUAUGAAUGUGCACAAUGUGGCAAAGUCUUUAGGCGGCAUUCAACACUUACUCGACAUCACAGAAUUCAUACUGGAGAAAAGCCUUAUGAAUGUGCACAAUGUGGCAAACCCUUUAGGCAGCAGUCAGCACUUAUUCAACAUCAGAAAAUUCAUACUGGAGAGAAACCUUAUGAAUGUGCACAAUGUGGCAAAGUCUUUAGGCGGCAUUCAACACUUACUCAACAUCAGAGAAUUCAUACUGGAGAGAAGCCUUAUGAAUGUGCACAAUGUGGCAAACCCUUUAGGCAGCAGUCAGCACUUAUUCAACAUCAGAAAAUUCAUACUGGAGAGAAGCCUUAUGAAUGCACACAAUGUGGCAAAGUCUUUAGGGAAACUUCAAAACUUACUCGACAUCAGAGAAUUCAUACUGGAGAGAAGCCUUAUGAAUGUGCACAAUGUGGCAAACCCUUUAGGCAGCAUUCAGCACUUAUUCAACAUCAGAAAAUUCAUACUGGAGAGAAGCCUUAUGAAUGCACACAAUGUGGCAAAGUCUUUAGGGAAACUUCAACACUUACUCGACAUCACAGAAUUCAUACUGGAGAGAAGCCUUAUGAAUGUGCACAAUGUGGCAAACCCUUUAGGCGAACUUCAACACUUACUCAACAUCAGAAAAUUCAUACUGGAGAGAAACCUUAUGAAUGUGCACAAUGUGGCAAAGUCUUUAGGCAGCAUUCAACACUUACUCGACAUCACAGAAUUCAUACUGGAGAGAAGCCUUAUGAAUUUACACAAUGUGGUAAAGCCUUUAGGCAAACUUCAACCCUUACUCAACAUCAGAAAAUUCAUACUGGAAUGAAGCCUUAUGAAGAGGAGCCUUAUGAGUGUACUCAAUGCAGCAUAGCCUUUCGCCAGAACUCACACCUGUUUCAACAUCAGAAAAUUCAUAGUGGAGAGAAGCCUUAUGCAUGCACAAAUUGUGGCAAAACCUUUAGGCAAAGUGCAACCCUUACUCAACAUCAGAAAACUCAUACUGGAGAGAAGCUUCAUGAAUUUAUUGAAUGUGGCAAAGCCCUUAGGCAGUGGUCAACACUUACUCAACAUCAGGAAAUUUAUACUGGAGUGAAACCUUAUGCAUGUACUGAAGAUGGCAAAGCCUUUAGUCAGACAUCACAGCUGAAUCAAUAUCUGAAAAUUUAUACUGAAAAGUUGCCUUAUCAAUAUACACAGUGUUGCAAAAUCUUAAAAGAUGUGUCAACACUUACUAAACAUCAGAAAUUCAUACUGGAGAAUAGUCUAAUAAAUGUGUACAUGUGCUAA